AUGUCGACUUUUGACGGAAUCGUCAGAGAGUUCCCAGACAUUCGAGUGGAUUUCUUCCGUCGCUCUAUCGACCAGCCUCCGCCGCUCGCAUGCUUUUUGAGUCAUGUCCACAGCGAUCACCUAGCGGGGCUCGAGAGCCUGCGCUCUCCCUUUGUCUAUUGCUCGGCUGCCACGAGAGAGAUUCUACUCCGUCUGGAACGAUAUCCCUGCCGCAUCAACUUUGCCAAGGGUAUUUUGGAAGCUCGAGUACAGACCUUUAAGGGGUUGAAAGGCCUGUUGAAGCCUAUUCCCUUGGACACACCCACGGAGAUUGAACUUGCUCCCGGUCUUUGCAUUCAGGUGACGCUUAUCGACGCAAAUCACUGUCCUGGAGCCGUCAUGUUUUUGAUAGAGGGCGAUGGGAGGGCUGUUCUUUACACCGGCGACAUUCGAAGUGAGCCAUGGCACGUAAACUCGGUCGCUCGAAAUCCUGCUUUGAUCGAGUACACCCACGGCAGCAAGACGCUCGACAAAAUCUACCUGGACACUUCUUUCAUCGACGACGUCCACUUCCAAACCAAGGCUGAGGGCAUAGCGGAACUUCUAGGAAAAGUCUCACGGUAUCCACCUGAUACCAUCUUUCAUUUUCAGGCCUGGACGUAUGGUUAUGAGGAAGUAUGGAUCGCGCUAUCCAAGGCGCUGAAAUCACGUGUGCACGUCGACGAUUACAAGAUGAAGAUCUUCAGCUCCCUGCAGGCGAAGCCGGAGAAUGAUCGCUUUGGCCAGUCUCUUCAUCUGUGCCGCGAGUCGCCAGCUUUGACGGGCUACAUGUUUGGCAACGCCUAUCGACCUGGAUGUCUCGCGACUGAUGAGAACGGGCCAGUCGUAUGGAUCCAGCCCAUCAUUGCCCAUACGACUGGCGGCACUGACCGUCUCGAACACGGCAUCGGAGGCGGAGCAGACGACCUCGAACGCGAAGUUGAGCUUGACCUUGUGUCGCCUACGGAUUUGAAUCAUCUUCUCCAAAUGCUGGGCGAAAAUCGUAUUGUUUCCGAACCGACCAAGACAGCAGUUCGGGAUUUGCUAUUGAAAAGGCCAUUCAGCGGACGCAACGUUCCCUUGGACCUUGACAUGAGCUGUUUCGGGGACAAGAAAGAAGCAAAUGUCGCGGAGGUGAUGGCCUUGAUCGGAGAGAAGCGCGCGCAUCGCCCGGACGAAGGAGAUGCCAUGUUGAAUGGUGCAGAAAACGGACUGCCCAAAAUGAUUCGGUUCCCCUACUCCCGUCACUCGCCUUUGCCAGAGCUGCGUCAUCUGGUAACGACAUUUAAGCCCAGAGAUGUUUGGCCCUGCACCGUCGAUCCAAUGACCUGGAACAAGAAUAAUGUCACCAUCAAAGGGCUCUUUGGUGAUUGUUGUUCUGGCACUCGAUUCGCACAUGAUGCUGUCAUGAGGGCAUGGGCCAAGGAUCACCAGCGGACGCAUCGAGCCGAGUUUGAGUUUGAGGAAAACUCUCCCGUUUCGAGGCAGUCAGCCAUCAGACACGCUCAACCGGCGGUGGUGAACACAUCGCCACCACCAGCUUAUUCGCCCCAGCACAUCGCUGAAACCGUUGAAGAAGUCUGCAAAUCCGCAAUCUGGGCAGACGGGCAGUUGACCGAAGAAGGGAUCGAAGUCAUUGAAGGCAGCUGUCGCGGAAAACGCAACUUUGUGGCCUUCGCCGGAGACGCCGAUGACAGCCAGGACACAGUGGCGUCUCACGCAUCCAUCAUCAGUCAGCUUGUGGAAGGUGCGUCGCUUGUGCGGGCCGACGCGUACGAGGCCAUGCUCCGGAAUCUCGGCGGUGGCGAAUGGACAUCAAUCGGGCUGCUUUCCACGACAGAUAAUCACACCUACGCCUCUCAGGAUCCGACUGCGCUUUCAGAUGAAAAGGGCGACCGAAACAAACGAACACGGACGGUGCAGCGCCCCCGAAGAGUUGGCAUCUCAAAGCCGUGA